ACUAAUCGCGCCCCGUAGAGCGCCCGUUAUUAUGGUGCAUCUUCUGGGUAUAGCCCCGCCAGCUCUACUAACAACACCAAGCUGAUCAUCGGCAUAUGUUUCAUCCUAUAAAAUCGGUCCUCUAAGCGCCAGCACCAAGUGGGAGAUAUGGCACGUCGCAGGGAAGGCUGCGGCACAUCCCGCAUUGGGUUGAACCUAUGCAGGGAACUGGGCAUCAUCGUGGCACAGCCAGUUUCAGCUCACAAUCUUGACGCCCACAAACAGCGUACAGAACCUGGAUUUUCUGGCCCACCGUGUCAGCGCCAUGUUGUAUUUAUUUAGCUCCCUUUAUCAUGAUCAUCCCAUAGUCAGGAAGACGCCGGUGGUAACUGCUUUAUCUCCAGUCUGUCUUCUCUUUCAGACACGAUGAGAGCGCUCUUUCUUCUAUUAAUACCCUGCCUGAUACCAGGUGUCUUUGCAGACGAUUGGGACGAUUUUACAAAUAACCUUGCAACGGAUUUGGCCCCGCUUAUCAGUUUGUUUGGAGAACAAGUGACAAAGCAAUUUCUUUCAGAGUCACUCAAUGUGCUAGAUAAUUAUAUCUUUGCGUUGGCCCCCUUGGGAAUCCUUACUGCUGUUGUGUCUGUGAUCCGAGUAUGUGGGAAUUCUAGCCUCCGCGCUUUCAUUGGGAGGGCGCAUGAGGGCCCCGGGGAAGCAGAGCAUGAGCUCUUAUCAUGUGUAUCUGAGACGACAGCUGAGCUAUUCAAUGAUGGAGGCAUUUCAAGGGUCUUUGGGAGACCCAAGAUUCUGGAAGUUGUGGCAUGGGAAGAUGAUCUUUCCACAAACCAUGGUAAGACCCAACUUGCAACCCUUCGUGGCGCCGUGAAAAAAGGAAUCUGGAAUGGACAUCUGGCGGAUGCCGGCAGUGAAGACCCAUUCGAGUUUGAUAUUCCGAACUUGUCUUUGAACAUGGGUAUAAAGCGGAGGAGUCAAUUUUGGUUUUACACCGCCGCACUGGUUGGAUCUAUCCUGCAAAUAGGUAUCAUUGUGUUUGCCGCCCUUACCGUAUUCAUGUUUCCACAACACUUCAAAAAGGAUGGAAAGGCAGUCGCGGACUAUGCCUUCCCUCUUUUCUUCAUUGGCACAUCUCUACUUUGUGUCGGAAUGUUCCUGUGCGCUUUCACGAUCGAGCGGUCAUCGACAGAGUACUACUACCAUCCCCAAAAGAAGUGUAAGAUAUAUUGGCUGCAGCAAGGUGGUCAACAGGUCGGAGACCAAGUUUUUGGGGCUUUUCUAGGAAUGCGGGAAAGGGGUGAUGGUUGCUCAACUAAGGAGCUACCAUAUAUCAAAUCUUUGAGAAAUGACAAUUACCGCAACAAGGAUACUUGGCUUCUGACAGCAGUUUUCUUGACUACGGCUGGAUUCGUCUGCCAGUUUGUCGGUCUUCGAGGUUUGCACUCGUCAAUCACUCUCGCGCAGCUGGGAUCAACGCUCUUAAUGGCUAUCAUCCGGACAAGUCUUCGCACGCAAAGAACCGACCUUGAUGAUAACCUCCUUUCCAGCGAAGAACGGAGGCUGAAUUCUAUCAGGAAUCAAGAGUUAGACUGCUUCUCUUUCCACCUGGAGAAUAUAAAAUCUUUUCUCGUCUCUGGACAGGUCGAUCAGCCCCAUCGACAGUCAAGUUCCCGAAAUUCUGAUACGAAAGAAGGUCAAGGCCGGCAAAUCAUUGAAACCAGAGCACAUCUUGCGGCUCUCACUCAUUCUGAAAAGAAAGAGCGUGACUCUGCUUGGGACGAUAUCCCAACUCGAAACGUCGCGAUCAACCUCAGAAAUGCCAUUCAAGAGACAAUGGAGCUUGUGUCUUCAUGGUCAAAUAAGCGCCUUAGUUCCUAUAAAUUCGGUAUAUCUUUGCAAUCUCAAGCAGCCGAUAGACCGGACGGUUCUGUUGUGGAAAAAUAUGAUAUACAUCUGCGCAAAACAGACGGCAGUAUGCAUUGGGAAGUUGAUGCAGCGGUGUUAGAAGCAAUAGUUGGGUUAUGGACAUGGUCUCUGCUCUAUUCAGACCAUGACAUUCCGUGGGAAGGGCCAUUCUAUCGAAUAAUCGGACAGGAUCACCAAGAAGCCUCAGAAGAAGAAACUUUGCUGGUCUACUAUAAAUGGAUUCUCAGGCAUACGCCAGCACUACUGGUUCUUUCACACUCAAUCCCAUUAUCUCGAGGAAUGUUCGGAUACCGUAUUACUCCAGCAGCCGGGGCCACAACAUGGAGUAUUCUCGCCAUGAGGACACACAACCCUUUACAUUUGAUGACAGCGCAGGAUAUCUACAUAUACUUUCUGAAUUCAGCAUUUGGUUUACUUUCGGAGUUAGGCGGGGAGACGGGAAUCUUGCCAAACGGAGUCAGUUUCGUCGCUCACAGCAGCCGAAUAGAACAAUUAGUUCGUUGCUUCGAGGCCAAUCACCUAGGAAGUCGGCAAGAUGCUUUAUUGUGCAUAGUGCCAGCAUUGCGGAGACGAGGAAUAUUACCUGAACUUUCUGCAGAUUCACCCCCCGUCAGGCAGCAGGUCGAAAAAUACAUCGCAGCUGGCGAAUGGAGUGAAGCAUUUUCCUUGCUUCAAUGGUUCUGCGAACGUUCAGGAGGAACGGAAUUUGAACGUUCAGCUGACGAGAUGGGCUAUCUCUGUUGCCGGGCAAUGCUGAGCCCAGAUAGUAAUAUCCGCGCCGAAGGCUUCAAGCGCGUCUCAACAGCCAUAAAAUACGAUCCGUGGACAGAACGUUUCCACGAUAUAGCCGCACACCGCCCAUCAAAUUGGGUAUUGUGUGAAAAGGAGUCUUCUUACUGGGAUAAUUUCUCCCAACAACUCGGGUGGGUUGCGUGGCAUAUGGCGAAGCGGCUACGCAAGCAGUCAUUUUUAGAUACCCUUGUGGCGCUUGGUAUCCAAGAAGACAUUAUAAACGGAGGGACAGAGGAUGAAAACUCGGAAACAGAAGUGGAAACAGGACGACUCGCAGUGCUGCAUUGGCUUACCGAAGGUGACUAUGAGGUUUUUGAGCAAGAAAUAUCCGGGAAAUCGAUGGUGUUAUGUUUAGAAUGGCUCACGGGACAUCAGCACGAGUCAUUAUUAUACUGGCUGGUGACCAGAUGGACAGCAGUUGGUAUGCUGUGUCAGCCAUUUCUUCACACAGCAAUGCGUAUAGCGACCAGGAGUGAAUCAGACACAGCACUACGGAUAAUGUGUCGACAUGGGGCAGAUAUAAAUGCCAGACUAAAUGCAGACCGUGCCGCGAAUAUCAUACGCAGUACAACCCUCUUGAUCGACAUGAUUGUGGAGGACGAUGAGAGAGCUGUUCUUAAACUGCUGCAGAAUGGGGCCGAUGCGAAUGCAGAGUUGAGAACAGUGACUCCAUUAAUGCUUGCCGCUGAGCGCUCGGUCAAGAUCACGGGGUUACUUCUGCAAUACGGUGCGGACCUCAAUGCACGCCCCAACAUGGAAGAGACUGCACUGAACAGGGCGGCAAUAAAUAAUCGUCUCGACGUGGUCGCGCUUCUUCUCGACAAGGGGGCCGACAUUGACACUCCAGGCAUUAACGGAAUGACUCCGCUCCUAUCAGCAGUGUCCGAGGGAUAUAUAGAAUUGGCAGAAUUUCUGAUCGUAAAGGGUGCUAAUAUGGACGCACAGACUACAGAUGAUGGAAUGACUGCGCUGAUGCUAGCCUUCAAAGAAGGUCGGGCAUCUAUAGCCUCCUUAUUAGUGAGUAGGGGCUGUGACAUACGCAAGAAGGAUAGCGAGGGCUACACCGCUAGCGAUUGGGCGAGACGGGCAGGACAGGAGGAAAAUUAUAUAGCUCUCCUACAUUCGAGGCCGGAAUAAAUGAUUCAAUGCAGGUUCUUGCAAUACUGGUCUCUAUUGUACUAUUUAUUGUACGCGGAGAUCGGACGGACAUCUGAGCGUCGUAAUAUAUU